AUGUCCCGUAAACUUACUACUGAGCAAUUGCGACAAAUACUGGAAGAAAGUGACUUCGAAUUGAGCGAUAACGACACGGAUUCGAGUGGAAGAAAUAGUGAUGUACAAGACGAGCCGGAUUUUGUCGAUUCGGAUGGUGGUUUGCAGGAACCAAGUAUUUUUGCUGAUGAUGAUAUAAACGAUCCAGACUUUGAUCCAGGUGAGUUUUCUCGUUCAAAUAUUGUUACCGAGGCCUUUUAUGGUGACUAUGGUAGAAACUCACCUGAAGAUUCGCCCGAUACCGUUAUAAAUCCGCCCCAACCAGUUACGAGCAGCGUAUCGCAGCCACUUAGACCCAGAAGGUGGACAGCUGGUGAGGUUAUGCGGCUUUCUCCACAGGAAAUAAAUAACAUUGAUGAGGAAAAUGGUUGGAAGCAGGAAGUACUACCAUUGUCACGUUCUCCUUAUACCGCAAGCUCAACCCUUCACAUCCAAGGAGAACAUUCUGUUGGAUCCAUUUACCGAAAAAUAGUGACCGAUGAGGUAUUAGAUCUUAUGGUCACACAAACAAAUUUGUAUGCAAUACAAAUAAAACAGAACACCAAUAUAUCAAUGCAUAGCCGUAUGAAUCGGUGGACAGACGUGACAAAAGCUGAUAUAAUGAAAUUCAUCGGCUUGUACAUGUUGAUGGGUAUUGUACAAUUUCCCACAUUGGAAUCGCAUUGGAAAUUAGACGCGAUUUAUUACCAUCCAAUUUUUCACAAUGUAAAUAUGUCGUAUAAUCGCUUUUCAUCUAUAUUGCGUUGUUGGCACUUUGUCGAUAAUGAAGCUCCCAGAGAUCCGCAGGAACGUUUGUACAAAAUAAAGCCACUUUUAGACCUUGUCAUCAACAACUGGAAAAGUUUACAUACACCUGGUGAAUGUAUUGUUAUUGACGAAUCAAUGAUGCCAUUUAGAGGGAGGAUAUCUUUCCGUCAAUACAACCCAUCAAAAGCUCACAAAUAUGGCUUGAAAAUUUAUAAGCUCUGCACAGAAGAAGGAUUUGUCUGGAACUAUGUCAUUUACAUAGGGCGCGAUCCCGAAAUUGCUGAUCUGGACAAGCCGGGAAGUGUCGUAGUUCAGUUAUGCGAUGGACUUUUAGACACUGGACGGGUUGUUGUGUGUGACAACUUCUACAACAGUGUAGGACUAGCAAAAUAUUUGCUGCAGCGGAAGACAGACUUAUGCGGCACUCUACGAGUAAAUAGGGUUGACCUUCCAUGGGCAAUAAAAAUAAAGAAAAUGGGCCCCAAAAAAGGUGAAUUAGUUGCUCGUCAGAAAGAUAAUGUCACUGUGCUGAAAUGGAGAGACAAACGUGACGUCGCUAUGAUAUCUACUUGCCACGACGCUAGCAUGCAAAUGUCUUCUGGGUACCGCCCAAUAUCAAAACCGACAGCAGUGCUUUUCUACAAUGAUAGAAAGAAGGGCAUAGAUCUAUCGGACCAGCUUUCAAGCUAUUACGACCCUAAAAGAAAAUCUCUAGCGUGGUAUAAGAAGAUUGCUCUGGAUGUUUUGAUUUGUGCGUCGGUUACAAACGCCACGCUAUUGUAUCAAAAACUACACCCAACUGCAAACAGAAAAUCUCGCAAAACGAUAUUACAGGCGCAGCAAGAGAUUAUCAGGGAGUUCUUGCUAUUGGACAAUUCAUCAGAUACGAAUGCCAAUACACUGAGUAGUCCAAGACCGUCUACUAGUUCGAUCACAAAUCAACAUUUUCUAUCAAAAAUUCAGCGAAAAGAGGACAAUAAAAUUAUCCGAAAACGUUGUAAUGGAUGCUACGAAGACUUGCGAAAAGAUGGUACAAGCUGGGAAACUGCUGCUAAACAAGUCAAACGCGUAGAUACAGAGUGUUUGCAAUGCAAAAAAACCUUUUGUUUGCCAUGUUUCAAAAACAAACAUAAUUAG